CCGGAAGGACCUUCCUCAGGCCCACUCAGUCUGCACUGCAGCAGCCGCCAUCAUGUCGGACAACGAGGACAAUUUUGAUGGAGAUGACUUUGACGAUGCGGAUGAAGAUGAAGGAAUGGAUGAUCUGGACAAUGCCGAGGAGGAAGACCGCGAGAAUGUGGAGAUUCUUCCCGCAACAGAUGGCCAACAGGCCAAUCAGAAAAGGAUCACGACGGCAUACAUGACCAAGUAUGAGCGAGCCCGUGUACUGGGCACACGUGCCCUUCAGAUUGCGAUGUGUGCACCAGUCAUGGUGGAGCUGGAAGGAGAGACAGACCCCUUGCAGAUUGCAAUGAAGGAGCUGAAAGCACGGAAAAUUCCAAUCAUUAUCCGAAGGUACCUGCCAGACGGUAGCUACGAGGACUGGGGAGUGGAUGAAUUGAUCAUUGCAGAUUGACCCACACUCGCUGCUGGGGCACUUUCCACCUUCUUUGUGUUUGAAUGUUCUUUAUGUUUUUACUGUGAAUUUUUGUAAAAUAAACGUUCCUCUGAACUGUCAGGGCUUCUGAAUUCUGUGCCAUGUUUGAGAGACUCGAUGUUAAAUGUGUGGCUCCAAAUUCAAAAGGGAGCAGAGCUGGCUGUUAAUUUGCCACAAGUGGGCAGUCUCGGGCAGACCCAGGGACCAAGGAAGGACAAGGAACAACAGAGUGUAUCCAGUACACUGGCAUCACGCUAUCCCUACCCUGGGGAUAGUGCAGAGGGAGCUUUACUCUGUGUCUAACCCUGUGCUGUCAGGGGAACACACUGUUACCUUUCGAUUUGAGUAUGAUCGAAGAGGAGUAUUUAUUUGAGACUGAAUCAGCUAUUUCAAAUUAAAAACCAUUGGCGAGUUGUUAAUGUGGGCGCCCUCAAGUGGACACAAUGUUAAACUGCUGGAAUCUGGCAGACAUUUUCUCUGUACCUGGGAUUGUGAUUGGCUGAGGGCCUUUUGCUUUCUUGUCUAUAUUUUAUGAUGAUAUAUUCACCAAUCUUUCCCGGUUUAGAACCACUCAAUCUAAUUGAACUUCCUUUUUGAACCUCAGCAGUUUGUGUGGUGAAUGUGACCCCUCUGAUGCUCUGAGAAUUGACGUAAAAUUGUAUUUCCGUUGUGCCUUUCCCAAACUCUCUUCUUUGGAAAGACUUUUCGAAGUGUGACCACUAUUGUAAUAUUGGAUGUAUGAUAAUAAAAUUGUAGACAUCAGUGA